CGUCGUGCAGGAAGACUUAGCCCUCCAUUCAUUGCAGCGAAGUUCAAAGAGCGCCGAGUUGGAGGCGAUGGCGACCUUUUUCUUCGUCCUCUCGUUGUUGUUCUGGCUGCUAGCUUCAUCGGGAUCGACCACCCACGUCCUCAUCGCGAGGGCGUGCGACAUUGAAGCGAGGAUGAACACGACGACGGAGGAUGCUGCGACGUCGACAAGCAUAACGACGACGGUCAGCAGGACAGUCACUACCACCACCACUACCAUCUCCACUUCGGGCGGCGAGAGCAGCACGCCUUUCGACGUGUUGUACGACGCCAUUGCGAGGAAGCUGCCGCACGCGGAGGUGAGCGGGAGGGUGGUCAUGGCGGGGGAGUUUCCCGUGAUCGGUCACGAGAUGGUGAUCGAGGGGAAGGGGAACGCGACGCUCGACGCGGCGGAAUGGGAGUUCCGCCCGUUCGUGGUGCGCGGCAGGGGGGCCAAGCUGACGCUGAAGAACCUGCAGCUGUACAAGGGACAGGCGCCGCUGAAGAGCUCCAGGGCGGCCAAGCGGUUCCCGCCGCUGGCCGACGGAGGAUCGGUGCUGGUCUACGACGGGGCGUCGCUGGAGAUGCACAACGUCUUCGUCAACCAUAGCAAGUCGUGGAGGGGAGCCGCCAUAGCCGCGUACGGGGCGAGCAAGGUGACCGUCGUGGGCUGCCGCUUCCUGAACAACUACGCUUGGUACGCCGGGGGGGGCAUCUACCUGGCCGAGGGGUCCAACGCCUCCGUCUUCAACUGCAGCUUCGAGAGGAACAAAGGAUCCGAGGAGGGAGGCGCCAUAGCCGUCACGGGAGGAUCGUACCUGCGGUCGGAGAGGACGACGUACAGAAGGAACACCGGGAAGAGGGAGGGAGGGGCCGGCAUCAUGGUGGAGCACCCCGGAAGUGUGGUCAUCUCCAUCGACGACCUGUUCUUCGAGAACAAGGGCGUGCUUCCCUCGGCAGUUGGGGGGGCCAUUCUGGUCAGAGACAACGGCACGCUCUUCGUGUCAGGAAGCAGAUUCGUCCGGAACAGGGCGCGGGGAGGAAAGGGCAACACCAUCUUCGUCGAAGAAGGCGGCAUCAUCGGACGGCUGACGAACGGCCCGACAGAGAAGGACGUCGAAUGGCCAUCGAACCAGCCGAAGCCAGACAUGCCAAUGGGGAUGACCACAGAGACGGAGAACAAUGCGAUGGCGACGGAGGCGAUGGCGAUGGAGAUGGAAACGAUGGAGAAGAAGGCGAUGGCCAUGGAGUCGACGACGACCAUCGGGUCGCAGUCGUUGCCGCCUCCGCGGCUUCUUACUGGGA